AUGGACGCCGCAACCGGGACAGGUCCUCCCGUGUCAGCCCUUUUCGGCCCUGGUCUGGAAGCAGAAAGCCUAGGCUCAUGUUUGCACUACAAUGUCAUCCCAGAAGAUCUGGCGUCGAGCAUAUUCACUGCGUUGAACCAGGAAAUUUCCUGGCAGGCCAUGCACCACCAGCAGGGUGUUGUCCCACGCCGGGUCUGCUGCCAAGCAUCGGUCGAUCCUGUCGACGGCAGCUCGCCGAUCUAUCGGCACCCAUCCGAUCGGACCAUGCCGACAGAACCGUGGACGCCUUUCGUCGAUCAGAUCCGGACCGUGGCCAGCGGAUUGGUCGGACACGAGCUCAACCAUGCCCUCAUUCAACUCUAUCGAAGCGGGAACGACUACAUCUCUGAGCACUCCGAUAAGACCCUGGACAUUGUACCCGACAGCUAUAUCGUGAACGUGUCGUUCGGGGCACAGCGGACGAUGCGACUUCGCACCAAGCGCGCGCCGCGGAACACCGGCGAGGAGAGGCCGGGCGGUCGUGACGCCGCAUCUCGGCUACAGCCCGAACCGCGUACGACGUAUCGCAUUGCGCUCCCGCACAACUCCAUGGUCGCGAUGACUCUGGAGACCAACGCCCGCUACUUGCACGGCAUCAACGCCGACAAGCGGCCCGGCGUCGAACUGGCCGAAGAGGAAACGGCCUUUGACGGGCAGAGGAUCAGUCUCACUUUCCGCCGGAUCGGGACUUUCCUCGAUGCAGACGGGAAGCGCAUCUGGGGUCAGGGUGCGACGGGCAAACGGAAAGGAGAUGCCCAGGGGGUGAUCUGCGGCGACGAGAUCGAAAGCCAGAGAUUGAUCGAUGCUUUCGGGAGAGAAAACGUCACGUCGGAGCGGGACUGGGGGCGAUGCUAUGGGAAGGGAAGUGAUGUUUUGCAUUUAAAGGGGUGA